UUAUUAAUAAAUGAGAAAAAAUAAUAAAGUUUAGCCUGCCAACUAAGUUUAGGUGAUUUCCUAAGUUACUUCAAGCCCUGAAAUAUCAUAAAAAGCAAUAACAACAAUACCAGAUCAAUAGGGCAAUUAGAAACAAAUAGAUCCUAGACUUAUUGCUGGACCAUUGGCAGAAAGAGGCUGUACAGAUAUACUUUGUUUACUACUUUUUAUUGUUGGAAUAGCUAUUUUGGCGUAUGAAAUAUAUUUAAAUUUAUAGAUUCAUUUCUUAAGAAGCUUAUUUAAAAGGAGAACCAGAGAGACUUCUUGCAAUGUAUGAUCCAGAUGGUAAAGAAUGUUUAAUAAUUAAUAAUAGGAGUGGCUUGUGGUUUUGAUAAAAAUUUGGAUUAUUCUUAUUUAUAUUUUGCAAUACCUUUUGGAGACUAUUUCAAUAGAACUGUAUGUGUUAAAGAAUGUCCAUUAUAUCUAGAUGAAACUAAAAAACCAACUGAAUUAGUUUGUAAAGCAAAUACUUUGGUUACAAGUUGUUAAUAGAAAUGUGAUCCUGCCGAUGCAUUGAAAUCAUUUGCAACAACAAAUAACACAGGAACAUUCAAAGAUUUUUUGUGUAUCUUUAAUUCAUCAAUUUGUAAUUAAAAUUGUAAAUCUAAGUAUUUGAUCGUGUAUGUUAUCCAGAUGCCUUAUUAUCUCUUUUUUAAAAUUACAAAGAUUAUGGAUCCUAAUUUGCAAUGGAUGUUUUGACUGGUUAUAUAGAAGAUUUAAAUUAAACAAAGGAAGCCAUAUAUUGUUCAUUUGCAGUGGCAUUUUUAAUGGGGUAAUAUUAUUAAUAGAUAUGUUAAAUAGAAUAAUUUAUUUAUUUUUUACAAGGUUACUUGCAGGAGUAUUGGUUUGGACAUCUAUAUUUCUCUUUUUAGUAGGUUUAGGAUUUGGAACAUUUUGGUGUCAUUAAUAAGAUCUCUAUUAUUAAGAUAUUAUAAAAGAUCAAACAGGAAAAUAUUCAGUUGAACAAACCAGUAAAGCUAAAGAUAAUUAAUUAACUUUUUAAUAUUUAACAUAUGUAAUGUAUGGUAUUUGUGCUUUUGCUGUCAUUGGAUUAAUUUGCAUUUUCAACAAAAUUAGAUUAGCUAUAGCUGUUAUUAAAACUGCAGCAAUGUGUGUGAAAGAUCAUUUCUUAUUAAUAUUUGUUCCUUAAGUUACUGCCAUAGUCCUAGCAGGAUUAUGGUUUUGGUGGAUUUAUACAGCAUCAUAUGUUUAUGCAGUUGGAGAAAUCAAAGGAACAGGUAAUAGUCCAUUUGCUGAAGUCACACAUACUGAAUUAUAAAUAUAAUAUCUUUGGUAUUUCAUUUUUGGAGGUUUAUGGAUAAAUGCUUUUAUUUAAGCUGUUAAUAAUUUUGUUAUUGCAUCUACAUGUUGUUUUUGGUAUUUUGCAUAACAAGGUGCUGGAGGUGAUGAAAGAGCUAUUUCAUAAUCUCUUUAUAGAGUUUUUAGAUAUCAUGCAGGUUCUUUAGCAUUUGGUUCUUUAAUUUUAGCUAUUGUACAACUUAUAAGAAUUAUGCUAGAAUAUGUUAGAUAUCAAACUGAAAAAGUGGCUGGUUCUGAAAAUAAAGCAGUCAAAUGUUUAUUAAAAUGUUUGAGUUGCUGUAUGGCAUGCUUUGAAAGAUUCAUUAGAUUUUUAAAUAAUAAUGCCUAUAUAAUGAUUGCUCUAACUGGUAAAAACUUUUGUUCAGCUGCUAAAGCUGCUUUUGAAACUAUUUGGGCUAAUAGUAUGAGAUUUGCUUUAGUAAAUGGUAUCGGUGGAGCAUUUAUUUUUGUUGGUAAAUUUUGCAUCUCUAUUGUUACUUUAAUGAUCUUUUAUUAUGUAAUUACAACUAUGGAUUACUUUAAAGAAAAGAUUUUCUCUCCAGUUUUCCCUUGCAUAGUAAUAUAUUGAAUAUAUUUAGGUUGUUUUUAUAAUAGCAUAUGCAUUAGCUGUUUUGUUUAUGUCUAUUUAUGGAAUGGCAUGUGAUGCUGUGUUAUUAUGUUUUAUAUUUGAUGAAGACUUAAAUAAAUAAAAUGGUGGUAUGAGUGCAUCUAGAUGUCCUGAAACAUUAAAGGAAUUUCUUGAAUAACCAGAGAUGGCAAAUCUUAAAUAAGCAUGAUUUAAUAUAAUAAAUAAUGAUUUAAAAUUCUACAACAACUCCUCC